GCAGGAGCGCCGCCGAACAAAAUGGCAGCUUCCAGCUGAUACGGCCAACCCGUGCGGCCAACGGAUGUCGUUUGUUGUGCGAACAACACCGCGGUGAUGCUGAGCCGAGCAGCUUUCUGUGGCCCUAGCUAGAUUUCCGAGGAGCAACAAUGUGGCGUCAGCGCUUCUUACUGGUGCUUCGUCGCGCCGCGUUCGGCUUUCCCGUGACCGUGGCAUUUGUCGACUGUGUCGCGUACGUCGCAAAGGUUGAAGGGGUAUCCAUGCAGCCGGAGCUAAACCCUGAGCCCGAAGAGUUCUCCGACUACGUGCUGCUCAACCGGUGGGCGUCACGGAGCUGUGAGGUACAGCGGGGUGAAGUAAUCGCCAUCAAGUCCCCACGUGACCCGACCCAGCGGCUGAUCAAGCGCGUGGUGGCCGUCGAAGGGGACACGAUUCGCACGCUGGGCUACCGCGAGCGGCUGGUCACCGUGCCUCGGGGCCACUGCUGGUUAGAAGGGGACAAUCACGCCCACUCGCUGGACAGCAACCGUUUCGGACCGGUGGCUCUGGGUCUCUUGGUUGCCAGGGCGUCGCACCGAGUGUGGCCUCCGCGACGCUGGGGUCGCCUCAAAUCGCGGCCUCCCGAACCUGGCAGGCUACUGAUGACACGCUGAUAAGGAUGCCUGUGCCAACAUGUGAAUCAAUCGGAAUAGAAAGUUUAUCAAAAUAUACGUCUGUUAAACAGAAUGAGGCCUUUACACGCGUGGUUCCAGUCGUCCUUGGUUGUCUGGACAAUUGAGAAGCUUGUAAAGGGGAAACAACCGCUUUCGAUAUUGUCUGAAGGAACUUGGUACAUCACCAAAUUUAUGUAAGCUGUUGCAUAUAGCCUCCCUGCAACCUAUAAGUGGGGCAUAUGUCCACAUGUGAGCUGCAUAAUAUUGUGCCCCAUACAGCAGAGAAUUUUCAGCCUGUAAGGAAGAGCCAAAAAUUGCUUUCUCGCUUCAUCGCAAUAUUUGUUGUCCACUACACAGCAGGCAUGUAUUGUCUGACUACUUCAUAACGGGAAGAUUCUAAUCAUUUGUACAAUUUCCAUAUUUUAGUUGAAUAAAUGAAAAUCUCUGAUGUCUAAAGCGUCAAAAACACAAAAAGAA